CUCUUCUGAAAAAUCAAGAAUCAUCAAAGAUGCCUACUAGAUUAACCAAGACCAGAAAGCACAGAGGUCACGUUUCCGGUAUGUUUCAACGGCUUUGAAUGAAAUGAACUGGUUGACGGAAAGCAAGAAUCAGAGGCAUUGCAAAGAACCAAGCAAAGCCCCCAGGGGAACGACACUCCGUCGAAAAGAGGGGCCGCUUUAGUGAUUGUGGCUUCUUGAUACGAACGUUCAAGCAAAAUUUUCAACAACCUCAAUACUGCGAUUGCCCCGAAGGGUCAGCGUACCGUAGCUGAAACCGCAAGCUAUAGUAAGCGUCAUUACCCCCGCGUGUCCAACCAGUUCAAUGUAAGCCUUACAACGUUGCAGUACUAACAAGCUUAUAGCCGGUAAGGGUCGUGUUGGUAAGCACAGAAAGCAUCCAGGUGGUCGUGGUAAGGCCGGUGGUCAGCACCAUCACAGAAUCAACAUGGACAAGUACCACCCUGGUUACUUCGGUAAGGUUGGUAUGAGAUACUUCCACAAGCAGCAGAACCACUUCUGGAAGCCAGUCUUGAACUUGGACAAGUUGUGGACUUUGGUCCCAGAGCAGAAGAGAGAUGAGUACUUGUCUUCCGCUUCUGCUGCUUCUGCCCCAGUUAUUGACACCUUGGCCCACGGUUACGGUAAGGUUUUGGGUAAGGGUCGUUUGCCACAGGUUCCAGUUAUUGUCAAGGCUAGAUUCGUCUCCAAGUUGGCCGAAGAGAAGAUCAGAGCCGUUGGUGGUGUUGUUGAACUUAUUGCUUAAGUUUAUUAGACUGUCGAAUCCCUUCUUUAUACCUUAAAUUAUGUAUUUUCCAUCUCUAAUCAAAUGAGCACUCUUAUUGUUAAU